GAGACAGAGCAAGAAGAAGAUAAAGAUAGAAAGACGGGGCUAAGGGGAAGAGAACAUGUUAAACAAGUUAUCAAAUUCAAAGUGACACACCUUCUAAGGAGGGAUGCAAGUAAUAUGGAUUGUAGUAAUGAAAGCGAGAUGGAUUCAUAGACUGUACAGUUUGACAGGAGGGGGACAGCACUGGGUGGGGCUGUUAGAGAAUCACUUACAGGGGUAUUGAAAGACAGUCAAAACCUGCAAAAUGUAAGCAUGGGUUUUAUUUACUAAACAGUGAAAUGUGGUGAAUUUUACUCCUACCAUUGCAAAUGUUAGGGUGACCAUAUGCAUUGAAAAAGAAAGUAAUUUCGAUAUUUUGUUUCCACACGCUGUUUUGUUGUACACUUUGUUUUGUUGCAUUCCACAGAAAUUCACAGGUUAGUGAAUACACCCCAUGAGAAUCAGUGCAGCAGUAGAAAACACUGGCAUGGGUUUUUGGACAGCCAGGGAGUAUCUGAGACUGGUGGGUGAGUCUGAUCCAGGGAGUGUCUGCAACAGAGACAGCCCCGGGGAGUGUCAGACAGCGAGACAGCCAGGGAGACGAGUCAGAGGGAAGUAGGGAGGAGACUACAGAGAAAAUAGACCUAAAGAUUUUACCAGGAAGGGAGAGACAGUAAAGGUCUGUGAACCAGAGAGAGAGAGAUCUGGAGUGUCCUGUACAUGUAAGUGGCACACGUUUCGACAACUAUAACAUGUAUUUACCUUUCACCAGGGAUUCUGCACUAUUUAUAAAUAAAUAUAUAGUCCCUUGUGGCAGAGGGUACUGAGACAUAUGACAAGGAGGGCUCUUAAUAAAAAUAGUUGAGUCCUUGCCAUGCCUCGCUCUUUAACCCCUUAAGGACCAAACUUCUGGAAUAAAAUGGAAUCAUGACAUGUCAGACAUCUCAUGUGUUCUUAAGGGGUUAAAUAACAUUCAGUUCUUAUUAGGCUCAGCCUUUGGCUGCCUCUGCACGAUAGGUGUUGUAAUUUGCAGACCCUUAGGUUGCCUACUCCCUGGUUUCGCCCAAUAACCCAUAGGCUAUGGGUGUUAUAUUUUACCUUAUUAAAAGUCAAUUUAUUUAGCUGAUUUAUUAGUCAUUUAUAGUAUUAAAUUUAAUGUUUUUCACUCUCCUUCCUGUAAUGUGUAUUUAAUAUAUGCACAAUGACUCUUUUUUUUUUUUUUUCCUGAGAACCAUUUGGUUUUAUUAUCUAUAUGUAGAAUAGCAUAGCUGUAAUAUGGUUAUUAAAUUACUGUAGUUUUGGCAACAGAGAAAAAGUUUUGACAACAAGAACAUAAACCAUAACAUUUUAACAAGCUGUAGCUAGCGCUCCUAUAUCUAUCUAUACAUUUAUAGAAUAAUCAUAUGCUAUUUUCAUGCAAAAUAUAUUCUAUAGUUUUUGUUUUUUUACGAAGUACAUUAUAAUAGUUAGAAAUGGUCCCUUUAAAACUGUUUUUUAUUAAAAGAAAGGGAUAUUGGCAUAAGAAAUUAUUUGGUAUGCAGGAAUUACUUAACCAAAGUAUGACUCAGUUUCAGCAUCACUUGAACCCUUUUUAUUUCUUUUUCUUUUUUUUUUUUUUUUGUUGAUACAUGUGGAAACCUGUUAUGUUAGUGUUAAACAACAAUCUUGUCACACAAAUUGUUGUUCGGUGAUAACGUAAACAAAUUUUUUUUUGUGCCCUUCUUUUCCUCUGCAGAUAGGUUGAGAGUACCAUAUUAUUAGAUAAUAUUCCUUGUUAUUGCAUUAUAUAGGCAUGCCCUGAUAUGUCUCCUCAGCCACAAUCCUUGCUAUUUAGCAAUGCAAGCUCAUGUACAUUUUGAUUAUGGUUUGGGAAUAAAUUUAUAACUCCUCUGCAUGAGUCAGAGGGACUGAUUGCUGUAUGGCGGAUUAAUUUAUUACUUUACUUGAUAAGGACUAGUGCAGGAUGAAAGGGAAGGUAAGUAAGAGCUUUUUAUAAAAGGGCACUAAGCCUGGGGUAGGUAACCUUUGGCAACCCAGAUGUUGUGGACUACAUCUCCAUUGAUGCUUUGCAGGCAUUAUGGUUGCAAGAUAAUUAUUGUUGUUUUAGUCCACAACAUCUGGAGGGCCGAAAGUUGCCUUCCCCCUGCUCUAAACCAAAUAACUACAGGUCAUUAAAUUAUGGCAGGAGUAGGCUACAUCUCCCAUGAUGCUUUGCCAGCAUUAUGGCUAUAUGAGUAUUACGGGAGAUGUAGUCCACAACAUCUGGAGUUCCGAUGGUUGCCUACCCCUGAUUUAGGCAUUGUUCACUGGUUUUCUGACAAACCGUUCCGGAGCACUUUGGAAGACAAAAAAACCCAAAACAAAACAGGCCUUCCGCAUGAAACUUAUAGCCUACUCGCUCUACAGCCGCACUGAAAUUGCAGAAACAUCAUUUGUGCAGUAUCAAAUAUGAAUUUGGCAAUGGUAUGCUGAGAGCAGAAGGAUAAUCCUUCUUUCAGUCCACAUUGGGACAUAUUUUCACUUGAUAAUAUGAAAGUGUAAUUGUCACAAAAUCAGUGUGACUGCUGAGUGAGUACCCCCUUUUUUAUUUUGUUUUUUUGAUUAAAUGUUGAACAAAAUCAAGAAUGUACAUAUACAAUGAUAAUGGAGAUGGGUUUCAUAAAUUGAUAGAACAUAUGCAAAUAUAAUGAUAUAUUUCUUCAUAUUUAGCUGUAACCUCACUGCAAAUACACCGAUACAGUCUGCAUUGUGAAUAUGGCUGAGGAAGAGAUUGUCCCAGUUUAUGCCACUGGAAUUUCGGCGCAGUUGCAGAAGCAGCGGGAACAGGAACUGGGUGUAGGAAAACAUGAAAAUGCAGUGAAAUUUCUGGGUCAGGAUUUUACUCGGAUCCAGCAAGAAUGUUUACAGAAUAGGACUCUUUUCACGGAUGAUACCUUCCCAGCCACAGUUCACUCACUAGGAUUCAAGGACCUGGGUCCAAAUUCAUCGAAAACCCGUGGUGUUAAAUGGGUCCGGCCCUCGGUAAGAAUGCAUGAAUGGAGAAUCCCUAGUGAUAGUUAUGAAUUUGUAAAUGAUUUAGCUGGGGUGGUUACUUUGUAAAAAGGGACUUUUGGCUUUCUGACUAUAAGGAACAUUGAGCUAAGAAUCUCUUUAACCCCUUAAGGACACAUGAUGUGUGACAUGUCAUGAUUCCCUUUUAUUGCAGAAGUUUGGUCCUUAAGGGGUUAAAGGAACACUCCAAGCACCAUACAUACCGCUCUAGUGUAUAUGGUUCUAGAGGUGCUUAGUAGAAGGUGCUCUUAAAAGGGCUUUUAGCAGCUAAGCUCUAACUUUGUAAAUCUGACCUCAGGCUGGCACAUUCAUAACACAAAAUGGUUGACCUUUAUUAUGUAGGAUGGGUCUAUUGAUAGUGAUUGACAGAUGGAAUGCACAUUCACACUUCCCCCUCAGGUCCCUCACCCAUCUGUCAUGCACUAGGAGUGGCGCAGAUAUCCAAUGUUUACUAGUAAUCCCCUAAUUUAUAAUCGUGUGUAAUGGUGCUUCACAGUACCAAGGAGCAUGACAAAUUCACAUAAGGUGUUGUGAAGAACAAAUCUUAUGAGGAGGCAGAAAACUUAACAAGUUUAGCCUCGAAUUUUGAAUUUCCAUGUAACGUCUCCUCAAUUUCCAGUUUAGUGUGGAUCAUUUUUUACAAUUACUCAUUGGCAGGCACUGCCUGUUAUUCUGCAGGUAACAUAACCCUAAAAGUAGGUGCUCUCAGUCUCUCCAUGUUGCUUAAGGGUAACCUCUACAGACGCUGGUAGAAAGGCAUUAUGAGGGUGUAGAUUGACUCUGCAGCAAUGUGACCAUGUCUGAAUAUGGUUGACUUCACAACAAGUGAGAGAUGUAGGGGAACACCACUAUUGUUAAUUCUGUACUAUAUUGAUAUGAUGAGUCUGACAGUUACUCUUUGAUAGUGAUUAUAUUGUAUCUUACAAUUGCCAAUAUUCUGGGAGAGAGACAGGUCCCAAAUGCCUUGGGACACACAUCGUUUUGCCAAACUGCUGGAAAACAGAACCAUUGGCCUGCUAUCACUGCAGCCACUGCAGCAAACUGCAGUGCUUUUGGUGCCUAGAGUGCCCCUUUAAUAGUAGUGUGGCUGAAAUGACCACAAUUUAUGGAAUACAGAAAGAAGGAUCUGCACAUUUAAGCAAAUAUUUUACUGUUUCAUAUUGUUCAAAGGGUCUUAGAGUGCACCUGUGUUACGACACACAAAUGUACAUUAAAUGUAUACUUUGUGUUAUUGUCAGAAUCGUACAUUAAAUCUAUGAUAGAAGAAUGUGUUCCCUCCCCUCACCUUUCAAAUAGUUUCUCGGGAUACAGAAAUAUGGUGACAGAUAUUUUUAUUUUUACCUCAAUGAACUGUCAAUAAAGCCAACUUGUCGUGUCUUGGGGAAGGUGCACACAUACACAUUUAUAAUGAAACCAUAAGACACACAUGUCGUGUAUGUUGCCCUGCUGACUCAAUCUUUGGAUGAAUUCCAGUCAUUGAGUUCUUAAAGCUGCAGCUCCUCUAUAUUUUGAUGGCGUCUAUAGUUUGUCGCUGAAGAGGACUUAUGCAUUUAGAGCACAAGAUUUUAUUGCUUAAUGUUAACUUAUAACACUGUAACUGUCACUUUUCUGGAAGUGUCAUUUCCCUCCCCAGUAAGACUUAUUGAAUCAUGUACUGUGAUGCGCUGCAGAGGUAAGUAAAAAACAAAACAAAAUGAAAUAAACAAACAAAAUGGACUUACCUCCAUUGCACUUCCACGUUCAGAGCAACACGUGUGCACUUAUGUGUGCCUGACUUACCACAGAGGUACGUGUGCUCGGGCUUUCUUUCACAGAUGGUAAUUUGGGAUCCAUUUUAAUUAAUAUGGCAAGCUCUGUCUGUGCUAAAUAAGCAAAGCAAACUGUGCACAUUAAAAUAUUAAAACUACUGACAAUUAAAUAGAUUUAAAAAAAAAAAAAAGCACAACCCACAGCUAACUUUUCCUCCUAAAAGAUAUAAAACAGGCCAGUUUGCUUUUUUUUUUGUGAUACAUGCAGGAAGACUGGUCAUUCCCUACUUUUAUUGUUCGGGGAUACAGAAUGGAAAAUGUUAGUUUUUCUGUCUUCCGGAAUGGGCUGAAGAGAGCUAUGAGUCUCUAUCUCCCAUUGAAAAGUGACAGGGGCAUAUCAGUCUGUUACUCCCAAUUUAUCCUGGACAGAAUUGUAUAGAAAGUCUGUUUCUCCUACCACAAGGUGACACGAGACAUAAAGGCAAACCAUGAAUAAACCUACUGCUUGCAUGUUUUGCCUACAGCUACGCUGAAAAUAUUUUUAUGGCUCCUCAUACUUUAUAAAUGACAUGUUUUACAGUAAUCCUCUCGCACACAAUGAUUGGGGAGGGGGUCAUUGCAAGACCAGGCAAGCUAAUACUAGUCAAACAGGUUGGAUGGCAUUUAACUUUCGUAACCAGUAGCACGCUGACAGCUGUAGUGACAUUAAAGGGACACUGUCAUAUCAUAUGAUUUUUAACCUUAUCUUUACUUAUCCCUAUAUUUAAAAUACAAAUAAAAUAAAAAUGAGGUGUGAAAAAUAAAAUGUAGAAAUUUACAUAUUUUUCUAUCUGGGUGCCUCCAUCUUAGCUUCCUCUCAAUCAGUGUUGUAAGCGCUGUCCUUUGCAUCUGGCAGUCCGCGUAGAAAAAGUAUACGGCAAAAGUUAAACCAUGCUUCUAUUUCACCUGUUCUUUGCAAAGUCUUCCAUGGCAAUGUCUUGUCUGAACUGGAUUAUGAAGCCCUUUAACCCCUUAAGGGCACAUGACAUGUGUGACAUGUCAUGAUUCCCUUUUAUUCCAGAAGUUUGGUCCUUAAGGGGUUAAUAGUUCUUUAAUAUAAAUUUAAAACAAAUUGGACCAACUCAUGAAAGUAGGUGAACACAGGUUAUAGGUGAUUUUCAAUGUUUUAUUCAAUGGUGUAAAUUCUAAAAAGUUACAGUUCUCCUUUAACUACCAGUAAAAUAAUACUUUGCUGAAUAUAUAUAUAUUAUCAAAUGUAUUUUGUUUUUGAUUGUAUAUUUCAUAAUAGCUUAGCUUGAUUUCUGCAAGGUGUUUUUUGUUGUUUGUUUUUACAUUAUGCAACACGGGCAUCUUUAUAAACAAAUUUACACAGUCAGUGCUUAAAGGAAAACCGUAAUCAAACAAUGACAGUCAAAUAAUGCAUGGAAAAAAUAAUGCAAAAAUAAAUUGUAAUAAUAAAAGAGAAAAAAUAAAUUACUGCCCUUCUGUAACCAGGAAUAGAUUCCACCAAUCGGUAACCACUCAUUCUGACUUACAGGGUUUCUUCUUAUCCUUCCAACUACUCUCUAGCAGGGUUGUAUUUGAUAAAAUAAAUAGUUAAUCCCCCCCAGCUACAGUUUCACUCAAUUCAUAGGUUGGCUGCUCAAUAGGUUGUGCAGCAAUCUCUGCCUGCCAAUGUUUGUGGUUAAUGCUCCUGUCUCUCCAAGAGGUAGAGAGAUCCUUAGUACUUGUGCCUGUGCAAAGUUGUUAUGGUGCUUAGAGUGGCCCUUGAACACUAACAAAUUUGAGGGCAAUAGCAAUUGUUGACAAACGUGUUAAAGUAUCUUCACCACACGAAGAUCAACAUUUCUGUGCUUGGGAUGGGGUCCAUCUCUUUUAAUAUUUUAAAUGUUACAUUAGGUAACUUUUGUCUCAAGAAACAGAGAUCUGCAGCAGGGUAGACAUUCGUGGUAAUAUGCUAAUAACAAAUUAUGUAGGAAUAUAAACUGAAUAAACAAGGAGUUUAUUCCUAAUCCUUAAAUAGAAAGGGGUUUUUGCAGAAUUUAGGCCAAAGUAGUUUGCUUGGUUCACACAUUGCAAUCCCCUUGUGAGCAGCUGACAAUAUACUCUUGAGGGAAUAAACUGUGAGUGUUGACAACUGAGGUUUUAUUGUAAUAGUCCUGAUAGAACCAAAGCAAUAACAAUAGAGAAAAGUCACAGACAUGAUUGUCUUUAGUCUUUCAAAUCGACUGCCAUAGAAAUAAAACAGCUGGUAAUGCAACAGGAUAUUGGGUUGUAACAGAAAAGAGAAUUGUUUUUGUGGUGCUUAACUGAUGAAACGUUAAGGUCAUUAUAAGCAUUGUCCUUAUCAUUUUUUUAUUUUGCUUGUUUUGUCACAAGUACUUGUAUGUCAGGAUUAUCUAUUGUAUAUUGCUGCAAGAUAUGUUGGUGUCUUAUUAAAAAUAACUCCCAAUAUUUACAGUGACUUUUAAUACAGAGUUUAUAGACUCCUCUCUUAGCAAGAACUGGUGAAUAUUACUUCAGGGUAUCUUUCAAAAUCUAAUUUAAAAAAAGGCAUCUGCAAUGUGAUUUCUGAGUUUGUUUAUGCUAAUAUUUCUGUGUUGAUCAUAGAAACAUGCACAAACCGAGUGAAUCACUCUGAUACUCUGUAUAAAGAUGCUAAUUAUCUUUCAUCUGAUAUAAAAAUAUACUGCUUCGUAUACAAAUUCGGAAUAUUUAUUUCUUCCCUUGUCUGUCUUCCAGCAACUUGUAUCAAAUCCACAGUUUAUCGUAGACGGUGCUACAAGAACAGACAUCUGUCAGGGUGCUCUGGGUAAGGGGAUCGGUUAUAAAUGUUAAAUGCCUACAAAAUGUGCAGUUACCUUGUUUUUGUGUAAUAUGUGUUUUAUACAAUGCAUGCAUAUAAAAUGCACGAUAGUUAAUGGCUGCAACUAUUGUUUAGGCUCAAAUAGUGGGCGUUUCAGGGUGUGACGUGUGUGUGUGUGGGUGAUGGAGGGCGUAAUAUGUGUGGUUUUUAUUAGGUGUGUGACACUGGGAUUCCCUCAGGCCUCCCCUUCCCCCUGUUGGUUCACAUUUUUGUUCCGUGACUCACUGCUCUGGUGUUGGGCGUGUUAAACUUUCUCUCUGUUUGUGUAUGUGUGCUCUGUGUACAUUGUUACUUGUGUUUAAAUAGUUUUGGUUUAUUAUUAUUUUUGCAAGGAUGGGCAUAGUGCCAUACUUUAACUAAAACUUAGAUUUGUUUUAAAGUGAUGUGAGUUUUAUUCGUUUUGGCAACUGCAGGUGGCUUAAACCUUUUUUUAAAUUUUUCUAAUUUUGUUUUUUCUCUUGUUCCAUAUGCACAGUAUAAUACUCGUAUAUCAUGAUUAUAAUACCGUGAUAUAACUGUCAUGAGACUUGGUAGUCAUGAUUGCUUGCGUACAGAUGCAUAUUGUAUUAGAUGUCAAUUAGUAUUAUUAAUAUUAUUUUGUCUGACUAGAGUUUGAAAAGAGGAAAUACAAAGUGCCAAAAAUGUCAACACAAGUAACAUUCGUAUGCAGAAUUGCAAUGCCCUCUUGAACAUAUAGUUAUAUUGAUAUGAUAAGACAGCCUUAUUAUGCAUGCAAUAAAUGUUUAUAUUGCUGUGUAAUGCUUUUGGAAUGUACCUGGUUAUUAUCGUGCUCAUAAUUCUUAUACUUUUAGUCCUUUUCUUUUCAUAAUUUUUUCAAGCCUUAAAACCUUUUUGAAUACGGUGUGUAUGUAUGUGUGUGUGUGUGUGUGUGUGUGUGUAUAUAUAUAUAUAUAUAUAUGUGUGUGUGUAUAUGUGUAUGUAUGUAUAUAUAUGUAUAUAUAUAUAUAUAUAUAUAUAUAUAUAUAUAUAUAUAUAUAUAUAUAUAUAUAUAUAUAUAUAUAUAUAUAUAUAUAUAUAUAUAUAUAUUUUCUAGGGUUACUCCAAUUAGCUUCUUAAGUCUAUUUAUUUCUAUUGUAGUAGUCUUAUACUGUCUAAAUAUUUACAUUUGUAGUCAAAAUUAUUUAACCCCCAUUGAAAAGCAGGUUUGUCAACAUUUACAGACUUUCAGCUGUUUGCAAUGUACAAAUCAAACAAAAGCAUUUGAAAUAACUUGAAACAACGAAUGUUUCAAGUGGUUUCCCCAAAUUCCUCUGAAAAUGCAACUUAUGACUUUCCAGUCUCAAAAUUAUUUAACCUCCUGAAUAGAAUCUAUUCACAUCCAUCCACGGUAAAGACGGCAUUGACGUGCGGGUAAUUUAUUCCUUAGCUCAUUGCCCCGUCAUGGUUUCCCUUAGAUGGUUAUCCGAGAGUGUGUUGCUGAUCGUGUUUUUUUUACUUUGGUUUCGUUUUGACUUUCCUGAUUUCUGGUACCCUUGACUUUUGGCUUUUCCUAAUCGCUGUGUAUAGUUCUGUGUCCCUGACCUCAGCUAGUUUUCUGACUAUUCUCGUGUACGUUAAGUCCAGCCAUUCUAAGGCCCGGUAAGACGUUACCCUUAUUUCUCAGGUGUGAUACUAUUCUGCGUGCUGGAUCAAUCUAAUCCUGACACUUAUGCAACUAAUCAACAGCUUAAUUAGUUGCACCAGUUGCACUUGAGCUGGAACACUUGAAAUAUCUGACCUGACUAGGGGUUUGUUGAGUGUCACAAUUAAUUGAAUGUUAGAAUUAUGGGUAAGUCAAAAGAAUGGUCCACAGAGUUAAGAGAAGAGUUAAUUGCCAUUUACAAACAAGGAACAGGAUACAAAAAGACUGCAAAGUCAUUGAAUGUUUCUAGAGACACCACUGGAAGCAUAGUUCGCAAGUUCAUAGUUGAAGUAACAGUGGUUACGGGGCUUAAAAAAAGGAUUAAUGGCUGCAACCAGAUUUCUGAUAAGGCCGGUUUUGAAAAACCCUUGAGUGAUUGCAAAAGACCUACAGCAAGAUUUGGUGGCAACAGGCACUGAGGUUUCAGUGAGCACAGAACUUUUCAGUGCCAGAAGGUUUCAAUGCCAGAACUCCAAGGCGUACCGUGCUACAAACCCAAAAGCACAAGAAAAGUUGGCUCCAAUACAAUAUGCUCGAAAUCAUAUAAAUAAGCCACAUUAGUUUUGGGAUUCUGUUCUGUGGAGCAAUGAAACAAAACUGUAACUUUUCUGCCUAAUGGAUCAGCGGUAUGUCUGGAGGAAGGAGAAUAAAGCAUACGCUGAAAAGAAUACUCUGCCUACAGCCAAGCAUGGUGGUGGCUCGGUAAUGCUCUGGGGCUGCUUUGCAUCCUCUGGCACGGGAAACCUGCAGAUUGUGGAAGGCAAGAUAGAUUCAUUGAGGUAUCAGGAAAUCCUUGGAGUAAACGCCAUCUGUGAGGAAGUUUAACCCCUUAAGGACCAAACUUCUGGAAUAAAAGGGAAUCAUGACAUGUCACACGUCAUGUGUCCUUUAGGGGUUAAGCUUGGGCGUCAUUAGAUCUUUUAACAAGACAAUGAUCCCAAGCAUACCUCAAAUUCCACCAAGGUUUGGUUGCAAAUGAAGUCCUGGAAAAAAUUUACAGUGGCCAUCAAAAAAAAUCUGAUUUUCAAUAGAGGUUGAAUAAUUUUGAUUACAACUGUAAUUGACCCCUGUUUUUCAAACAAAUAAACUUCUUCAAAAUACUAUAAAACCUACCUGGAAUACGGGCCAAACUCUUCCUGAUAAAUUCUAAUUAUACCAACUGUCAGUGUGCAGUGCGUUCAGACGACAAAAGUAAUUUUUGCACAGGCCUAACUGGCAGUCCAGAGCAGAGUUCCAGUCUUGCUAAGCCAUGUGUGCCACUGGAGCAGAAACACUGCACACACACACAGAUUGCUUGCUUAACGACAAUUAAAUGCAGAAGUGGUCAUGGAGGUUGGAGUAACCCUUUUAAUUAUGCUUUACAUGUACCUUUUCUUGACAUUUCCACCUUCACCACAUUCUCCACCAAGUUUAAUUUAUAUCAUAAUAGUUUGUAAUUCUACUAUUCAUCCAUUCUGCCUCCUUAUUUCCCAUUCUCAUUGACCUCUCUCCAAUCUCUCCUUUUCUUACCCUUUCUUCAUGUCACUUUCUCUCGCAAGUUUCUCCCCUUUCUCCUCAUUGUCUUGUCAUUUGUGCCGUUAUACCUCUCUUUUCUUUCUCCCACCACUAGCACCACUCUCCCUCUUCAUUCUUUCACACUCACUGGUCUGUUACUCAUCCACCUGCUGCCAUACUGUUUCGCUUAUUAAUUCUUACAAAUUCGUACCCUAUAUACAUUUUCCAUUCAACAACCAAAUCUUCCUCCUUUUUAUAUUUACCAUUCAUCUACACCCACUUUUUCUUUCACUCUUCCUUUGCUCUCCACCUUUAUCCCUUUUGUCUGCCUGUACUGUCUUCUUUCUUUCCACUCUCUAUAUUGACCAUUUUUUAACUUUUUUCUGUUUUUACAUUUACUCACCCACUCCUGUGAUUCGUUGAUUGAUUAAUUCAUUCAUCACCAGUAGACUUCUUCUUUUACCCCUCACUCAUGAACCUUCACUCUUCACUGCUGUGUCUCUCUUCUCAAAAUUUUCCACCUUUACCGGUUUCUCUUUUCCCAUGAAGGUGAUUGUUGGCUUCUUGCGGCGAUUGCCUCUCUGACAUUGAAUGAUACUAUACUACACCGCGUAGUACCCCAUGGUCAGAGCUUUCAGGAGAACUAUGCAGGAGUCUUCCAUUUCGAGGUAAUGUAACAUUCUUAUAGUAUACUGGAUGAAUAUAGGGUAUUGCAUGCUUGGUAUCUCCACAAUAUUUCUGCUUAAUUCAUGAGGACAUUCCAAGCUCGCAAACAUAUACUCCUAGGUUAUAAUGGAAGAAGGUUUCCCUUCUCCCUGUUCAUAAUUGGGUAUUUUUUUAAUAUAUUUUUUUUUGCAUCAGAUACUGGUAUUUAAUGCUUUGAGAAUACGUUUCCAUCCAGAGUUAAAUCGAGUACCAAAAUAAUUUUUUUUUCUUUUUUUUUUUUUUCUGCCACCAUUUUUAAAAAUUGUACCAGAUACAAGCCUUUGGAUGUCAGUGAUAGUCUGAAAGUGCCUGGCCAUUCAUUGCUAUCCAAGAUUGGAUGGUUUUGGAUGGAUAACUCAGAACUGACUCACUUCAUUCAAGUGGCUGCAGGAGGGCUGGAUUUGGGUUGCUGGGGUAGAGGCUGCAUUUUGGGUGCUAUUGGAUGACAUCAAAAGACUCAUAGCACCAUAACCUAAUGACCUGUACUCGUUAUGCUACUUAGAAUGUCCCUUUAAAUGUCAAGGGUAAUUUUAAUACCAGUAAAUAUAGAUUAAGGGUAACCGGCCUGGAAGUAGUAGAGCAAUCAUGUUGGUCUUGUAUAUAUUUAUUAUACCAGUUCAUCUGCCCCCUUUUUUGAUUUUUUUUCUUUAUUUUAAUAAAUCAGUACCAAUAUUAUGUGCAAAACACGUUCUCUCACAUCAGAUUUUAAUCGGUGAAAGGGGUCUUGUUUUGCUAACCACGACAAUGCCAUUAAACUAAGCAGUUUAUGAUGGGCAUUUGCCUGGGACAUGAAAAAGUGCCAAUUCCAACAAAAUAGGGACCCACUAGUAGAGUAGUAUAAGGUUCCAGUUUUAUUCUAGGAAUCACUGGGUUAUACAGUCCUUUAGGAAUAAUCUAAUUAUAUCGACACCAUGUGGACAUUCCUUUUAUUACAGUUUUACAGCUCUUAUUAUUUAUAUUGUAUAAUUCUCAAGAUGAGGCCAUUUUAUAUCUAUCUUUUGUGCAUUACACUUGAGCAAUGACACAUUUUGGGAUCACUUUUGUUACAGCUGUGGCAGUAUGGUGAGUGGGUGGAUGUUGUCGUUGAUGACCUGCUGCCCGUUAAAGAUGGGAAACUCGUCUUCGUGCACUCUGCAUCUGGAAACGAGUUCUGGAGUGCAUUGCUGGAGAAGGCAUAUGCUAAGUAUGAGACUUUGUCAUUUUGUGCCAACAAAACCUCCUGCAGAAAUCACUGUUCCACGCUUCUUUCACUCUGAGGGUUCUGAAUUUAACCAAAAUACGUCCUAUUUCAGACAUGGGUUUUCGAUUUAUAUUUUCUGUUGUAAACAAGUCUUCCUUUUUCAGCAUAAUAUUCUCUGCCCCACAGAUUUCCUCUUUCACACUUUAUGUAUCCCUAUUUCUCAUUUUGACAAACAUUGUCCCUGUCUCUGCAUACACUGGUCAUUGGCUUCCCUUCCUGUACAGAGCUAAUGGUAGCUAUGAAGCACUUUCUGGAGGUAGCACAUCUGAAGGCUUUGAAGACUUCACAGGUGGAGUCACUGAGUGGUAUGAGCUGAAGAAGGCUCCUGCAGACCUGUUUACCAUCAUCACCAAGGCUCUGGAGAGGGGAUCACUAAUGGGUUGCUCCAUUGAUGUGAGUUAUAUGUGGAUUCUUUGUAUUCUAUUCAAUAACAUUUUGGGUACCAACACAAUAUCCUCCCCUCCUAUUUGUCGUUUUAUUUUUUCUCCACAUUACUUAUCUCCUUAUUUAUAGCAAUUUUUUGUGCUAUAUAAUUCCCCUUUAAGCUCCUGUAUAAGUACCAAACAUACAUGUUUUUCAGUGUGUGACAUACAUUAAAACGUAUUAAAGUAAAUGCAACUCUCAUUUUUAGGAGCUAUUGUUUGUUCCGUCUAUGAAACAAGCAUUACAUACUUAUAGUAUAAUAUAUUAUUUUCCUAUCUAAAUUAUUUUUAUACAUGUCAUAGUUGUCUUCCUCUGUUCUUCCCUCAUAUCUGUUAGUCCACCCAUUGUACAGCUCUAUGGAAUUUGCUGGUACUAUAUAGAUAAUAAAAUAAUAUCAUAUGCCCCUUCUUCAAAUGUUUCUCUUUCUUUUCUACUUUUGUUGGUUCUUCCUUUCUUUCUACUAUCAACUUUCUCUACAUGGUCCCUCAACCCCUGUAAUCUCUUAUGUUGCUUCUGGUGACAGAUCACUAGUGCCACUGAUAUGGAAGCUGUAACCUUCAAGAAGCUGGUGAAAGGCCAUGCCUAUUCUGUGACUGGAGUCAAGGAGGUAAGUGUGGGUGUGGGGCAUUUUUAUUGAUACGUAUUGAUUAACAUUAAUGUUUUGACUGUGCUAUAGUAAAUAAAAAGGUGGUAAAGGUUGUAUAGAUAAAUUCUAAACUGGUAGUAUCCACAAGAGGCAUCCCUUAUAAUGCCAGAAAAUCAGUGCCCUAAAUACAAAAGGAUGCACACCAAAUUAUAUAAUCAAUCACUGGACACGUGUACCACAAUAACCCCCCUACGUUUCGACACAAACAUUGUGCCUUUCUUAAGGGACUGUCCCUUAGUUUUUUUUGCUUAAUUAUAUACUAUGGUGUUUAUCCUUUUGUAUUUCGUGUAUUGACUGUGCUAUAGGACAUCACUACUUUAUUUAUUACAUAGGAUUAGGGAACACAUGAAUAAAUUAAAACUGUACUAGGUUGAAAUCAGCUGUGAUUGUCAAAUGCACAUUCUGUACAUUCAUUGCUAAAAACAGAAAAAAAAAUUAAAAAAAAUUUCAGUAAUUUAAUUGGAUUACACAUUGCAUGCUAAUCCCCCAGAUGUAUAAUAAUAAUAAUAAUAAUAAUAAAAAAAACCCUUUACUGAAAAUCAGAAAAGCUGGCCCUGUAUUAAUUAUCAUAGCAUUUUUGCAGAAGUCCAUGAAUACUUAUAGGGGAAAAUAUCCUGGAAAAUUGAUAAAUCCUAAUACCUGCGUCUAAGUAUUUUAUGGAUAUAAAUUACAUGGAAACUCAAACCUGGGUAUUCUAAUUUGUUAUAUUGCAGUCCAUAAAUUUGCAUUGGUAAACACAACGCAUGAGUAAGAGUAGAUUACAGAUGUGAAACGCGUAAGGCAGCACUCCCCCCCUCCCCCUUUAAUCUUUGUUAUAUUGUUUUUACCGUAUAGUUAUAAGAAUCACAAAUAAUAUACCUAGACUACCCAUAAUUAAAAGCUGCUGGUCAUGUGGUCAUGUGUCGGGUGUAAUAUUUUUUUUUAAUUGUCCACAGGUCAACUACAGAGGCCAAAGCACAAAGCUGAUUCGGAUGAGAAAUCCAUGGGGUGAAGUAGAGUGGACAGGUGCUUGGAGUGACAGGUGAGAAGAAUAUAACGUUCUUAAAAAUGACCAUCUAGCAAAAACCUACAAAUAAUGUAAUGUAGAUCAUUGUGUGGCAGAUCACACUAAACAAAGAUACUGCUCAUCUGUAGACUAUUUGUGAUCUUUGCUUCUAUGUAAUGAUAGAGCAAUGCAAACUGCCCUUCAUAUAAUUGCCCAGUUACCUUUAAGUCUUUCCAUGCUAGAGCAUGUUGAUUAUUAUCUCUCUUUUCUGUAGUUCAUCAGAGUGGAAUAAUGUGGAUCCAUCAGAAAAGGACCUGAGAAUUAAUAUGGAGGAUGGUGAAUUCUGGUAAGGCGGAUUCCGAGUCUGUAAUUUUGGAUUUCAUACCAACAACAUCUCGUGUAUGUAGGUUGCCUUUUUCUCUUGAGAUAAUUGAGGUAUAUUUUCAUAGGAUAGGGUUUUUAAAUUUUUUAAACCAACAAAAACAACUACUAUCUUUUUUUAAAUGGGAAUUGAGCUUUUUGUGGUCAUUUCUGUCACUUUUUAAGAUCUGGGGAAUCUCUAUACACAAUGACCUUAAGUGAUAUGCUAUUUAGCUGCUGUUAAUUUGUAUCCACAAUCUUGUUCCUAAUUUAUAUUUACUUUUUGCUCUGUGUAUAUAUAUAAAUUUCUGUGUGGUCCUGAGCAUUACCAGUUUUUUGCUCCCUCAGUGGGACACCUCUCCAUUUUUUUUAUAUAUGUAUAUAUUUGAAAAGGGUACAUGCCGCAGCUAGCACUGGUAGUAUCCUAACUGACAAACCAUUAUUUUAAACAGAUUGGUUACUGUAAUAUCUAUCUAUAAAAUAAUAAUCUUGGUUAUGCUAUAUGACUUAUACAAGGUUGUUCAGUUUGAACAUUGGAAAUUCAGUAGGAUUCAACACUUAGCGUUAGUUUAUAUAGUUAGUUAUAUACAUCUUAUACUCAAACUUUGUUUUUAAAAAAAGAACAAACGGGUUGAUAAGAAAAGGGAAAGUGGGGGGUGGGCGGGCAGGGGAGAAGUAGUAGGGUAGUAGAGGAUGCUGUAUUCAGGAUGCCCAGAUGAUGUUGUUGUAGCGCUGCAAGGAAUCCUGAAUCUGUGUUGUGAGUUGUUCCAUGUCUCUGAUAUCAGUCAGGAUAUUGUGCAAUUCUACCUGAGAUGGCAAAUAAUUUUUUUUUUUUUAAUAGUUGAAAUAUGGUGGCCAUCAAGCUGUGUGUGCUGAUGACCGAUUUCUAAAAUUCUAAUAGAAAACUUUUUUUUUUUUUUUUCGUCUGGGUUACCCUUCCUAUACUGAUAUAUGCUGUGCGUGCUGAUGACAGAAGUCAAACUGCACGCAAUUUACAUUAGCAACCGGGGAACUAAUGAUGCCCCAAUGACGAUGCUGAAGGUGAAGUUACACCUCCAGUAGCAGCGGGGUUCAAUAUGAAUCGUUCCACAUACAGACUCCAUGCACCAAGACCACUUCAAAUCACUGAAUUGGUAUUGGUGCUUGGAGUAAAACUUUAAAUAAAAUAAAACAAAAAGCUGAAAAGGAUAUUAUGCCUAUUCUCAGCUAAUUCUGCCACUCCAGUUGCUUUCUGGGGGAUAGCUGUGAAUAUUCCACAAAUCACUGCAAGUCUCUUCUCUUUACCCUACAUUUUCACGUUUAGUAAAUAACCCCCUAAUGUUUCUAUUCGUGUACUUUCAUAAGCAGACACCCUGUCAGUCGUACAGAGGAUACUGCUAUACUGUGACCUCUUUCCUUAGGGCUGCUAGACUACAUGUGUAAAAAAAAUAAUAAAAAAAAAUGUUCUUGUGUGUCAUGGACCCACUCCCAUUGAACCCCAUUUUGAUUGUAGUUUGACAGAAUUUCUGAAGUAUUUCUGCCCGGUUUACCAAGGAAAAGCAGUAGCCACUCUCAUUCAUACAAGGUGAUUUACUAAAGUAAGAAUUGUCGGGAGUUCACGCUGAAUUUAAAGUGAAUUUCAAAUUUAAGGUCAAAAUUUAUAGACUGGGAUUCUCCAAGUCAGCAAUGCUUCCACUUCAUAUUCUUUAGCUUUUUAUUUAAAAAUUAAUUUUGAAUCCACAGUGAACUCCAGACAAUUCUCACUUUAGUGAAGAACCUUGAUUGUGUUUUAUUUGGAGUAACCUUCUUUAAAACAAACCUCUCAUGUCAAUGUGUAAAUGGAAAUUAAUGCUGCUCUUAAAAAUGAACUUCCAUGGAUCAGUUUUGCACUGGGGCCCCAUGGGUUGUGUGUAUGCCACUGUCUGCCAGUGAUGGUAUAAUUCACUGCAAAGCAAAGAGGGAUGCGCGUAUGGGUACCUGUCUGUGGAUCGCUACUUUGAAAUCAUCUGCUUCAUGUUCUUCAGCUGCAAAUAUCAGACUAUGUUUAAUUUCCACUUUCACUGCCCGUAUCUUGUUUUUUGUUUCUCUCUCUGCCAUUUUCACUUUUCUCCAUCUAAUUUUCUUUUCCCUCUGCCUCAGGAUGUCGUUUCAGGAUUUUCUGCGUGAAUAUUCUCGUCUUGAGAUCUGUAAUCUCACCCCGGAUGCUCUCAAAGCCCGCAGAUUCCGAAAAUGGAGCACAACCCUAUACAAUGGUUCUUGGAGGAAAGGAAGCACUGCUGGGGGCUGCCGAAACUACCCUGGUAACUAAAAUCAUUUUAGAAAUGGACAUUUUGAGCAGUACUGCAACUUUAUAAACAUGAGUGGAGCAGAAGCGUUUCCAUUCCAGCACAGAUUUCAACACAGAGAUGCUUCCACAUGUUUAAAAAGGAAUAUUAUCACUUAGCCUUAUAUGACUAAUUGAUUUAUGAGGAAUGGAAUACCCAAUUUGAAAGUGCACAUCCUUUGGUCUCUUUUGUUUGGGAAAGAUAGAACAUUCCACUCCUGUUGGUGAAACUGUAGAUUGGGUAAAUUAGGGUUGUAGGAAUUUUACUUGUGUUGUAUUGUUCUAAAACAGGAGUUUCAUGAAAUAUAUUUUAUGAAAUAUUUAAAAUAUGUGAAAAUCCCAAAUAUAAUAAAAGCUUUGUUAGACAUCUGUUCUCAAUCCUGGGGGUUUCUCACAUUCACAUCUAAUAUUUGAUCCAUAUUUCAGUCUUUCUGAUUCGUUCAUCAGUCACAGUGAGAGUAUCAGAUUAGCUUUUUUUCUUCUGAAAUAGAAUCCAGAAACUCUUGCACACAUUAUUUACUUGUGCACCUUGUAACUGUAGUUCUGGAGAAACCCUGUUGCAGAAAAGGCCUCAUUACUACUACUUCUCUUUUUAGCCACAUUUUGGGUCAACCCACAGUUUAAGAUAAAGCUUGACGAGGAGGAUGAUGACGACGACUAUGGUUCUGAAAAAGGAUGCACAUUCCUCCUGGCUCUUAUGCAGAAGAACCGGCGUAAGGAAAAGCGUUUUGGGAAAGAUAUGGAAACCAUUGGCUUUGCUGUCUAUCAGGUAUACAUGCAGAAUAUAAUUAAAGGUUUUGUUUGUACCUUUUUUUUUAUUUUUUUUUUACUGGUAAUACAUUAUUUGUAAUACUUUGUGUGUAGUCUUUAAUUCUUUAUUCUUAAAUAGAGGGACUGCACCCAAAGAUAUUGCAAAGACAGUGGUUGUCUGUUUAAUUAACUACUACAAUUACAGACUGCUAAUACAUUUGAGUAAUUUACCCCAAGUGAAUGUGCCUGUCAUUUGUGAAUUAUCAUUUGUGUGUGUGUUUGUGUGUAUCUUAUUUUUAUAUUGGUGUUAAUGUUUUUGUGUGUGUGUUUUUUGGGUUCUAGGUUGUAUCGGUAUCCAUGAUGGGGUGAAAAAUGAUUGUAAAAUCAAUACUUUUUAAAACUGUUUUGGGUGAAUAAAGACAUGUUUAAUAAUCACUGAUAUACAUUAUUAUUUAUGAAUACAAUAAAAUAUUAUCUGUUUUUCUAUACAUGAAUGCACAUUGUAAUGCUCUCAGUCCUGGUGUAUAACUUACCACACGGUUAGGCAACUUUUUUGUACUCCAGAUGUUGUGGACUACAUCUCCCAUAAUGCCUUUGCAGCUAUAUUGCUGGCAAAGCAUGCACGCAGAUGUAAUCCACAACAUCUGGAGUGUCAAUGGUUGCCUACCCCUGACCUACAAUAUCAUAUAUGUUGCCUUAACUUAUCAAUCAAGCAAUUGCAAGACUUAGAGGGCCAUUGUAAAAAACAUUGUUGUUUUUUAUUCUACUAUUCAAUGUUUUCGUUCCAAACCAAGGUCUUUUAUUUUUCUUCUUCAAGAUUAUUCUGAUACAUGUAGAUUUUUAUUUUUUCAUUUUAGCAUGAAUUAUCCUCAGCAUUAUAAAGUGUGUUCGAAAGCUUAAACAAUGUUACUAAUUAGUGAUUUUCUUUUUUUUUUUAAAUCCACAGGUUCCUCCACAGGUAUGUACCUCUUAAACAUAUGUGUCAAACCGCUUUACCAUACUGAACCAUGUUUUUGUUUGUUCAUGUUUCAUCUUCAUAGUUAUCCCUUUAUCUUUUAUGUUUACCCCUUUCAUUUCUUUGUGUUUUUUAUGAAUAUUUUCCCUACACUUGUUGCCUCUUUUAUUAAGCUUUCACUUUUAAGUAAACUGCCUUAGUCUUCCUGUCACUCUGUAAAAAUGUGUUUAUCUCCCAUUUUAGAACUUGAUUACUGCUAAUGGGUCUGCCUUGUUUAUGGUCUCAUGUAUUUCUAUCUAGUUCUCUCUUUAUUUACUUUUCUAUUUAUUCUCUCUCUCUCUCUCUCUCUCUCUCAUAAUCUACACUUCAAUGUCUAGCUGUGUCCCGACUCUUUUAAAUUGUCUCCUUUCUCUCUCUUGGUGCCUCCUUUCUUUUUAAAAUGUAUUUAUUUGUAUUUUUUUUAAUGAAAUGUUUUGUAACAUGUGCAUCCUCCCAAUUUGUUAGUAUGAAGGAAAGCCAGCCGUGCACUUGAACCGUGAUUUCUUCCUUUCAAACUCAUCCCGUGCUCGCUCUGAACAGUUCAUUAACUUAAGAGAAGUCAGCACCCGACACAAGCUUCCACCUGGGGAAUACAUUGUCGUACCUUCCACCUUUGAACCAAAUGUUGAGAGUGACUUUGUCUUGAGAUUCUUCUCUGAAAAUAAACACGGAGCAGUGUAAGUGAUGGUGUGCUUGAUGGAUUGGAAGGGAAAACUAAAGAUUUAAAAAAAAUAUAUCACUAGAUCAAAGUGUGAAUUUGGAGAGCAUUAAGAUUGGCAUAGUAUCAGAAAAAGGGGGAACCAUAAAUGUAGCAAUAAAGCUCAAGUCGUGAGCUGGACAGAAAGUAAAAAAAGGGAUCAAUCAGUGUAGUGCUGACAAGCUAAAAUGAUGGGCACAAGUUAUUUUGCCCCAAUUCUUUCAUUUUUAUUGACUUGUCUCAUUUAUAAAUCUCUCCUCUCUCUCUCUCCCUCUCUCUCUCUCUGCAGGGAAAUGGAUGAUGAAAUAAAGGCUAACCUUCCCACUGAGGUGAGUUUCCCUGGCACCCUGGUUUCUAUCUACUAUAAUAAAUGUAUGAGAUUAUCUUGUAAAGAAGUUCUGACACUGGACUGACAAGGCACUUAUGCACUGAACACAAAGAUUUGCAUAGCAUGUAUUGAAAAAUCGCAGUUGACAUUGUCAUUUUUUUAAUGAAUUUCUUUUUGUAGUAUAUAAAAUUAUAAAUAAAUUAAUUAAGCUGUUCAUGUAUUAUGGGAUAAUAAAAAAAUGUAACGUUGUAAAUGUAGCCAUGGUUGGUCUAAAAGGUCACCUACCUUGAACCUACAACCUGGAUAAUUUCUAGUUCUUUUCAAUAUUUGUGUAAAUAUCAUAUAAUCUACAACUACAGAGUUUAUAGGGGUAUCAGGUUAAAGGUGCAUGUAGAAGUCCUGUGUAUAACUUGGAGACAUCACCAUCAGUAUAUUUUGCUCUUCUUACCUUAUAAGCAGCAUAGCAUCACAUGGUGUAUAGACGUCUCCUGUCACUGUGUCGCAGCACAUGGUGGUGUAUAACUGCAGCAAUUUGUAAAAAUAGAUGGAGGUAUAGGGCUGCCCACUGUUCAUCUAAGAACUAUGUAAUGUGUGUACAGCUUGCAUAUCCUUUGUGAUGAGGACUGCUGCUAAACUGCAUAAUCCCUAAUCUACGGCUCGACUAGGGGGAUAUACUAUUAUACACUAUAUUAUUAUUAUUAUUGUGCUCCAAGGUACAAACUCUUAACCAGCAUGAUCAAUUGUUGUAUGUAUUGCUUGAUGCAGUAGCUCUAUUUCUUAAUUAAUUUUUUUCAUCCAUUUACAGGAACAAUUAUCUGAAGAUCAGAUUGAUGAUGCAUUUAAAAAUCUUUUCAAACAGCUUGCUGGGGCGGUAGGUAUAUGUAGCUGACUAAUUUGUGUGAUGUGUAAUGUCGAUGUGCUGCUGAUUUCUGUGUACACAUGCUAAAUACCUGUAUUCCUAUGCUGGAGUAUUUGCGUAUAAUUAUGGCUUCCAUUGCUUCAUUCUCUAUUUUCUAUUCAAACAGGAUCUGGAAAUUAGUGUUACAGAAUUGCAGUCAAUAUUAAACAGGAUCAUAUCAAAACGUGAGUGUGUUUGUGUUCAUAUGUAUUUUGGUUAGUGACUUUCUUCACUUCGUCUAAAAUGUAACUCUUAUUUCUAAUCCAGAUAAAGACCUCCGUACGAAAGGAUUUAGUUUGGAAUCUUGCCGUAGUAUGGUGAAUCUAAUGGAUGUAUCCUUUUAAAUAGCUCUUUCUGUUUGUUCCCCUGGAUGAUGCCAGCUUGUGCUGAUCUUUGUUCCUAAUUGUAUUUAAUUAUCCCUCUGUUUUACUGUGAUACGCAAUAUUAUAUUAAUUUAAAAAAAAAAAAUUUACUCUCAGAGAUGGUAGAUAUUUGCUUUGUUAGGCUUAAUCAGUAUCUAAAAUGCCACUCCCUUUUGGUGGAUAUUAUCAUCCACUUCCUGUCAGAAUACGUCCUAAUUAUUUUUGGCAGAAUGUAAAAUUUUUUUGUGCACAUCUAUUUAUUUCAUUAGUCACCUUGCUUCUUUUGAUAGCAGUUUCCUGAUAGGCUCUCAGAAAGCGCCUUACACAUCCAAAUACCCAUUCAAAAUGUAACAAACAUUGUUUAAAGGACAUUUAAUGGGUUCAUACAAUUUCAUUUUAUGUUAAUUCAUAUUUGACUAAAAAUUUGCAUUUCAGGCCAAGUUUCAAAAUCCUUGCCUAGUAAAGGAUUAAAAAAAAAAAUAUUUAAAAAAAAAAAAAAAAAGUAAUAUUUAAUUCUAGAAAUAAACUCAACUUUUCACAAACAUUCAGAAUGGUGCACAUUUCUCCACAGUUCAGCCUUUUUUUUUUUCAACAAUAACACCCCCUUAAAAGAACAAACCAAAACAUAACAGAGCAGAGUAAUAACAUUUCGCACAAGACAUUAAAGGGACACUAUAGUCACCAAAACUACUUAAGCUUAAUGAAGCAGUUUUUGUGUAUACAUGUCUAUGGAGUUUCACUGUUCAAUUCUCUGCUAUUUAGGAGUUAAAUCACUUUUCUUUUUGUUUAUGCAGCCCUAGCCACAACUCCCCUGGCUGUGACUGACCGCCUGCAUGAAAACAAAAUGGUUUCAUUUUAAUUCAGAUGUAACUUACUUUAAAAGCGUUUUAAUCUCCUCCUCUAUAAAUUGCACUUUACAUGGGAGGCUCCUGUAGGGUGUAGCAAGCUAUUGACAGAGCAGGAGAUAGAAAUUCUAAAUUAAAUUAAACAGAAUUUGCAGUAACGGAAGUAUAAACAUUAGAUUACUCUUUACAAGAAGUGUUUGGGAAGGCUGUGCAAGUCACAUGCAGGGAGGUGUUGCUAGGACAGCAUAAAUAAAAUGAUUUAACUCCUAAGUGGCAGAGAAUUGAGCAGUGAGACUGCAGGGACAUGAUGUAUACACAAAAGCUGAUUCGUUUAGCUAAAAUAGUUUUGGUGACAAUGUUGUCACAUUAAGCUACAAUAUAUAGGUGUGGCGGUACGGAAACCGGGACCCCUGAGUGCCUGAUGUUGUGUGGAGUCUCAGCGUGGUAAUGGACUAUUCGGGCGUGGUGCAGGGUAACCACAUGCCCCCUGGUGUUGAGCACCAGCCUUUGUGCGGCCACAUACCAGAGCCCUGAUGCAGCUACUGCGGAUCCCAGGAACUAGGAGCAUGGAAAUUAGCAGACCUCACAGGAGCUGAAUAGGGAGGCUCUGCAGCAGGGAUGUAUCCAGUACAGAAACAAGGCAAGGGUAGGAUAGUCAUCAAACAUGAAAACAAGACAGAACUAGAAGAACCCAGAACCAGAGAAGGACAGAAAGCAGAACAUGUAGACAAGACCUGAGGAAAACAAGAACAGGGCAGGGCAGGACAGGACAGUACAUGAACUGGGAUUACAAAAUAAAACAAGACAAGAUAUAAUAGGCAAAACAAGAGGAGACAUAACUAAGCACUAUAUAUGAAAAGUAUGGGGAUUUAGUCACAUUAUAUGAUCAUACAUUGCAUAAGCCUGCCACAACGCCAAUGUACCCCAUAUUCGGCAGGUCCUACUCUGCCUAAUGCAAACUAAACCAACCAAAGAAAACACACAUAGUCCUUACCUGCAAGAAAGGGCAGAAGACUUGAGCAGCUGCCUGCAGGAACACUGAAACAAAAGGAAUGAUGGAAAACAAACAGGUGUGGCAACAUAAAACAAACAUUUAAAUGAAUCCAAGAGACUGGGAAUUCCAGGGACGGAUUACAGGAAUGAACCCAGAAAAAUCCAGCAUAAAGAAAACCAGACAAAGAAUAGAAAACCAAAAAAACAAGAAAAACUAAAAAGAGUACUGGAUACCAGAAGCCAAAGCCAGACAUCUCCGCAGAACAUGGCAUGAUGUGACAAUAGGUUCUUCUCCUGUCUGUGAAAUUUUGGGCGACUGUUCUAAAGAAGGAUGUUAUGCCACUAGAAAAAUUGCAGAUGCAGGCUGCAAAAUUGGUAAAAGGAAUGGAGCAUUAUAGUUAUGAAGAGAGGUUAACAAAUUUAAAUCUAGUUUGGCCUCAGAGGGGAUAUGAUAGCAUUAUACAAAUAUAUUCGGGCCAGUACAAACUAUUGUCUGGAAACCUAUUCAUGAAUGGGACUAUACAUAGGACACACGGUCACACAUUUAGAUUGGAAGAAAGGAGAUGUAGUGUUAGGCAUAGGAAAGUGUUUUGUUUUUUUUAAUCGUAAGAACAAUAAGCAUAUGGAAUUAUCUGCCUAAAGAGGUAGUUUUAUCAGAGUUUAUACAGAUGUUUAAACAGCAUUGGAUAAAUACUUGCAAAAGGAUAAUAUACAGGGAUAUAUGUUAUAAUUAGUGAGGGUAAAUCUUCUUGAUCCAAUGAGACAUCUGACUGUUAUUCUGGGGUCAAGAAAGGAUUUUUUCCUAGUUUGUUGUUGUUGUUUUUGCUGUUGAUUUUUUUGGAUCAACCUCAAAACCAAACGUGAGAAUGGCUGAAUUUGAUGGAUGCAUGUCUCUUUGCAGCUAUGUAACUAUGUAAGUUAGUAAGUUUUGAAAUACAUUUAAGUUAAUCAAAAUUGUCUGAAUAUAUGUAAGUUGAAAUAUGCUUGAGAUUCAGUGUGAAUCUUGCAAACCAGUGACAAGCUGCAUCUUUCCUGCUUUAUAUACUUUUUAAUUUCAUAUAAAAAAAAAAAAUCUAUUUGUUGUUUUAUUUCUGUAAUUAUUUACCAAAUAUAAUCUGGGUUUAAGAAUCAGAAUUCAGUGUUGACACAUGGCCUAGAAUAAAAUUGGAUCAAAAUUCUUUACUCAAAAGGGAAAGCAUUUUAACUUUUUCAGAUGAUAAAAUACCUUUAUUAUUGAUGUAAUUACUUUCCCACUCUGAUUAAUUUGGUUCUGUGCUUUCCUGGCAAUGUUCUAAGUAUUUGUGGUACAUGGACGAUCUACUGGUUCUUCAUUACAAAAAAUAUAUUGUACAGUGCGUUCAUGCUGCCAUUUCAGGAAGAAACAUUGGAGUUUGUAUAAUUUUUGCUAGGUAACACAUAACACAUUUAAUAAUUGAAUCAUGGUUUUAUAAUUGUGUUUUAAUAGUAGAUAGUUUCCUUAAUUCUUUUGUCACAGAAAGAUGGUAAUGGAAAAUUAGGACUGACAGAGUUCAAUGUCCUGUGGAAUAAAAUCAAGAGUUAUCUGGUAAGUCCUAAAAAUAUAGAUAGAAAGUGGUAGUUUCUUUAUCAGAUCAAGAGAGACUGAUUUCAUAAAGUGGAACCAUGAAACAGUAAUUUUAAAAUCUUUGGGUUAAGAAAAGUUAUGGAGCAAUCCACAUUUAUAAAAAUUGCAGCUGUCUUGGUACAUGUUUCGUUAAUAUUUUUGUUUUGUGGUCAAAAAAGUUAAUCCCAUAAUUUAGAAUGUGCACUAUAGCUUGAACAAUUGUUUUGCUAUUUGCAGUUGCGUAUAUUCAGGUUAAAAUGGCACUGUCAUCACAUCCCUGAAAAAUGAAUAUUUCAUCAAAAUAAAUGAUGAAAUACUUUAUGAAAUACUCAUUCUAAUUUUGUUGGAAUUUCACUGACAUUCCAGCCCAUUCAAGAGAUAUUCAAAAACAAAGUAGGGACUAGUGGGUCUCUGUAUUUCUCCUCUGCCUGACUUACUUAGAUUAAAGGCAGAGUCUAAAAUUAAAUCCCGAUGGCCAUCACCAGUGUUGGCCGCAGGGAAUUGGCUGAGUCUAUAGAGGAUCUCUUGGAAUCCUCCAUAGACCUCACUGCAUGCGCGAGAGUACAGCCGUGGGAUCGGUUCUGAAGAGGGUUCGCCUCAUCAAGAUGGCCACGCCAGCGAGAGUCAAGUUCAGGUGAGUAAAUCAAACCUUUACCUGCUUUAACUGCCCCCCUCCACCACCGGCCUCCGUACCCCCAGGGGCAAUGUUACUAUUGGGACAAGUCCCAAAAUGGCGACCGUGACGCUUUAACUGUACCUAAAUUAAUUAGAGAUCUUUCAUCUUUGUAAGUAUAUAAACACUAUAUUUGUGUUGAGAAAAAUAAUUACUGAAUACACAACCACACAUUUUUUGUUUUGUGGAAUCUUUUUUCCAUUUGACCUUUUAGUAAAUCUCUGUCCGAGAUAUACAGGAUGCCAUACAAAGUAUCUAGGCGAUGAUGGGGUAUUCAGAUUUGUAUGAGGGUAGUCAGAAAAUUCUUUGAAGGACAGUUUUUUGGUCAUGUGUAAGCUGAUGCUUUAUUUUUUUCCCCACUAACUAAUUAGUUGUGAUAGUACUGUAAACAGGAAAUGGGGACAAGACAAAGGAAUAGUUGAUCUUUCUCCAAAUAACGAACAAUCAAAGUCUGUUAGUGACAGAUCACAUCAUGCAUCAUAUUGCAAUAUAAUGAUGAGUGCAGCAAGUGCACAAGACAAAAUGAAGGGAAGCAGUGAGAACAGGGUGAAAAUGAAUUAUUGCACUUGGAAUGAUUCCAAGUGCAAACUAAUAAAAUAAAUAAUAGUCUAUAGUUAAUAUAUUCCAAUGAAAUCCUAUAUUAACGGUUUUACAUAUGGUAAGACACAGUAUUUCAAUCACAUGCAGUGAACCUGCCUGGAAAUUUCACAAUUAUAAGUACAAGAUAUAAGCUAAGACUACAUGUCAGCUAAAAAAUAAAAAUGAAGACAAAAUAAAUGGAAAAAAAGAGAAAAAAAAAUCUAUCUGCAAACAGUGUUACCUUUACACAGUGGUAGUAUUGGGUUUAUGCAUAAAAACAAUUGUGUGACAAAGUUACAAAAAUUCAGCAAUCCGCAGGGACAUUCCAUUGAACAGGAUAUUUGUUUUUAAAUCUAAACUGUUAAACUUGAUGCAUAACUCCCAGUGGCUAAUAAGUAUUCUGCUUCCUAUUUGAGUAGAACCAAGACAUUUUAGAGAUGGUAAACAACAAUCUUGCCUCCAUCAUACUGCUGUACAUUGGGCAUUUCCUGAUUUAAUUGUUUUGUAUUACAGACCAUCUUCAGACAGUUUGACAUGGACAAAUCCGGAAGUAUGAGUGCUUAUGAAAUGCGUAUGGCGGUUGAGUUUGCAGGUGUGUUUUGGCAGUUUUGAGUUUACAUUUUGAUAAUUAGCAAAACAUAGUGAUAAUAACAAGAAUAACAAGCAAAUCCAUUUCACCAGCUACAUAAUAGUUGGAUGAAUCGAAUAUACUUGAUGUUCAUAGUAGUUGUCUAUUUUUUCCAGGAUUCAAGCUGAAUAAUGGACUGCAUCAGCUCCUCGUCACCAGAUAUGCAGAGCCUGAUUUGGCCAUAGAUUUUGAUAACUUCACAUGCUGUCUAAUCAGGCUGGAGACCAUGUUCCGUAAGUGGCUACACACUUUCCCUUUCUGGGGUGUCAUUGAAUUUAUUCCAGGCAUUAUUUGAUGUAUACCACUUCCAGGCCAGGUGGGUGACUUUCACCCUCUAGGUAUGCAUUUUUUUUCUAGACUAGUAGAUCGGGAAGUGCGGAGUAGCACACAGGUCUUGUUUUACGGUAUAUUGUACAAGUAUGAAAAGAUUUGUACUCACAUUAUUAAACCAUACUGGUUCAAUUUGAUAGUGUUGUUUAUAUUGCUCCAUGAUUCAAUUCAUGUCUAGUAUGCAAAGUCCAAUUUUUACAAUACUUUGUCAGAACGCAUAAUAAACUGUGGCAAAACCUGCAAGUUUUGUGUCGAGUUUUGAUAAAUCUACCGUUGUAAGCAUACUAGGUCCACCCCACUGAUCAUUGGUUACUACUCUUACCUUGUGCUUUUUUUCUUUUUCUUCUUACAGGAUUUUUCCAGAAUAUGGAUUCAGACAAGGAUGGAGUCAUUAACUUCAACCUGUUUACAGUAAGUCAUUUCUGAGACUGUCACAUCUUUAUUUGAGAUCACAUAUAUAUGUAUUCGAUCUAUCUCAAUCGUUGUCACUUGUAGAUUUCCCAAAUUUCAUGACUUUAAUACUGUUUAUGCCUUAUCUCAGCCCUUUUUCUUAACCCUUACACUAUUAAAAUCAUGAAUACAUAAUUGGCAAAGUUGUUUUCAUAUUCUUGUAUCAUGCAUGCACGAGUUGCACAUGAAAAGUGUUUGUUUAUUGUAAACAAGUUUAGUUUGCAAAAUGUGUUUUUAGUAUUGCCUGGGGAGCUUACGCACAGUGGUUGCAUGAGCCACAAAAAUAGGAACACAAGAGACACAGUCUGUGUACGGUGGUCUGCAGGAAGUCCUACUUUGUGUCAUGCUGCGCUGUAUUUGUCAAUGCUUACCUUAGUUGGGAGCCCGGUAGACAGAGAUUUGUGCUCACCCUUGCAGAUAAACACAGCCCAUGGUAACCAGAUCAGACGCUACCUGGGCUGUGAAUCUGUGCACGGGGUCUUAGGCAGGAACAGUAGCCGGGUACGAGGAAACAGACAAGGGCAAAUCCAGAAGAGUAAUAACGAAUAAUCCAAACAGAAAGGGUCACAAGCCAAGUCAGUCUUAGGAAACAGGAUACAAGAAACAACGAACUUACAAUGUUCUCAGAGAGGGGCAGUGUUUUAUGCCCAGCUAAUGAUUGAACUGCCUCAGGUCAACUUAGAUGGACAGGUAGGAGCCACUGGUGAUGUCUGUAUCAUAGAUUAGUAUUUAGAAAUGUAGUUUUAAAAGCUGUUUUCUUAUUUGUAAUUCAAUUAUGCUGUAGGUUAAAUUUGGAAACGUCAUGUCCUUAAAUGAGAAUUAGCAAAGAUAUAUUCUUUUUUUUUGUUGUGCUCUCUAUAAUGCAUAUACAAAAAAACAUACACGUUACUUUCCAGGACAAAAACAAACCAAAAAAAAUCAAACGUGUUCCUGUGGUCAUGUUUUGACCCAUUGCUUGGUUUUGGAUAAUUGUGUAUAAAUUGAUAUAUCUUCUUUUUUUCAGUGGCUUCAGAUGACAAUGUUUGCAUAGUGAAACCUUCUCUGCGCAUGGGCUGGAUCCUACAAUACUCCUAUAACCAAUUGCAAGUGCCUUCCGCUCCCUGCCGCUGUGCCAAAGCAAUAUGUUGUGGAUAUCUCUCUCUGGUGUAUACUCUUGUGUGGUCUUGCUCUUGCAUCUUUAUUUUUCCAUUGGCCAUAAACCAUUCAAUUCUCUGUCCUUCGCCAUGGCUCCUCAUCCCAUCAAAAGACUCUUCUCUCCCAUCAAGUCAUAGUAAAUGUGUUCCACUACUUGAUCAGAGAGAUAUCUAUGCAGCAUGACUCCUAUAUCCAUUAUAUGCUAAAUUAUUUAUGGGUAUAUUGUUGUGCCUGUUUGGGUCAUGCUUGCAACUGGAUGCGCAUAGUUACAUUAUUCUGUUUUUUUAAUACCUUUUUAGAUGCCAAAAGAAAAGUAUGUCAGUCUGUACCAAAGCUAGUCAAUGCAAUAUGUAGACACUCCAAAUAAAUGUUGAUAUCACUUAGUAUUGCAUAGAUCUUAUAAUACAUAUUUUUCUACAUGUUUAAAAAAAAAACAGAAACUUUUUUGUUCUUUGUUGUGUACCACGGUGAUGUAAUGAAAUGACCAAUGACAUCACUGUAAAAAGCAAAACAUAUGGGGGCGAGUAAAUUUGGUGUCUGCCUUUUUAUUUUAUACUGACAAUCAAUACAAGUCUGUCACCAGUUUUGGGUAAGUACCAAUGUUAGCAAAGGUUGGGCAUUGCUGUCGAGUUUGUCUCAUUUGAUACUAAAAAGCCUUGUGAGCUUCAACGCCUUAAAAUUUUUUGGAUAGAUUGAUUUUUUUUUUUGUUAAUAAUGUCAUUGUCGUUAUUGGCACGCUAUUCUGUGGCUAAUUAAGAGCCUGUUUGGUCAUCUAUUUGUCAUUGAUCAAAAAUAGGAAACAUUUUGUUUAUAGUUAGCGUUUAUUCACAAUCAUUGUAUUAAGUCAAUUUAUUAAGAAAAGAGAAAUAGUUUGUAAACAUUGGAGAGGAGAGUUUUUCUCUUCUUUGGUUUUUCUUGACAUUAAAUAUGUUCUAUUUUUAUUUUAAAUUAGACUAUUAUUAGACCACUUGUAAACAACAAAGGUAUAGUUUGCAGAAAAGACACUUGUGUGAGGUUAACCUUAUUGCCUUCACCAAAAUAAAAAAAAUGCACAUAUAAGUGAAAAACAUCUACAGACAGUGGAAGGCUAAAAUGGUGUAUCUUACCCUUUAAUAACAGUGGUAUAUAGACAGGAGAGCAUUAUAUGCAAAAACAAAAUAGACAAAAUAUAGGGCAGAUGGUUCAAUGUCCACAAGUAAGGUAUAGCUCAAAUAACUAGGAACACUCACAUGAAGCAGGGCACACUCAAAAGUGACAAGAAAAAAGACAAUAAUAGUGUGUGUGUGUGUGUGUGUGUG